AUGGAGGCUGAUCAGUUUUUGUUUUUAAUACCAAGAACUGGGAAAUCAUCAUCAUCAUCAUCAUCAUCAUCAUCAUCAUCAUCAUCAUCAUCAUCAUCAUCAUCAUCAUCAUCAUCAUCAUCAUCAUCAUCAUCAUCAUCAUCAUCAUCAUCAUCAUCAUCAUCAUCAUCAUCAUCAUCAUCAUCAUCAUCAUCAUCAUCAUCAUCAUCAUCAUCAUCAUCAUCAUCAUCAUCAUCAUCAUCAUCAUCAUCAUCAUCAUCAUCAUCAUCAUCAUCAUCAUCAUCAUCAUCAUCAUCAUCAUCAUCAUCAUCAUCAUCAUCAUCAUCAUCAUCAUCAUCAUCAUCAUCAUCAUCAUCAUCAUCAUCAUCAUCAUCAUCAUCAUCAUCAUCAUCAUCAUCAUCAUCAUCAUCAUCAUCAUCAUCAUCAUCAUCAUCAUCAUCAUCAUCAUCAUCAUCAUCAUCAUCAUCAUCAUCAUCAUCAUCAUCAUCAUCAUCAUCAUCAUCAUCAUCAUCAUCAUCAUCAUCAUCAUCAUCAUCAUCAUCAUCAUCAUCAUCAUCAUCAUCAUCAUCAUCAUCAUCAUCAUCAUCAUCAUCAUCAUCAUCAUCAUCAUCAUCAUCAUCAUCAUCAUCAUCAUCAUCAUCAUCAUCAUCAUCAUCAUCAUCAUCAUCAUCAUCAUCAUCAUCAUCAUCAUCAUCAUCAUCAUCAUCAUCAUCAUCAUCAUCAUCAUCAUCAUCAUCAUCAUCAUCAUCAUCAUCAUCAUCAUCAUCAUCAUCAUCAUCAUCAUCAUCAUCAUCAUCAUCAUCAUCAUCAUCAUCAUCAUCAUCAUCAUCAUCAUCAUCAUCAUCAUCAUCAUCAUCAUCAUCAUCAUCAUCAUCAUCAUCAUCAUCAUCAUCAUCAUCAUCAUCAUCAUCAUCAUCAUCAUCAUCAUCAUCAUCAUCAUCAUCAUCAUCAUCAUCAUCAUCAUCAUCAUCAUCAUCAUCAUCAUCAUCAUCAUCAUCAUCAUCAUCAUCAUCAUCAUCAUCAUCAUCAUCAUCAUCAUCAUCAUCAUCAUCAUCAUCAUCAUCAUCAUCAUCAUCAUCAUCAUCAUCAUCAUCAUCAUCAUCAUCAUCAUCAUCAUCAUCAUCAUCAUCAUCAUCAUCAUCAUCAUCAUCAUCAUCAUCAUCAUCAUCAUCAUCAUCAUCAUCAUCAUCAUCAUCAUCAUCAUCAUCAUCAUCAUCAUCAUCAUCAUCAUCAUCAUCAUCAUCAUCAUCAUCAUCAUCAUCAUCAUCAUCAUCAUCAUCAUCAUCAUCAUCAUCAUCAUCAUCAUCAUCAUCAUCAUCAUCAUCAUCAUCAUCAUCAUCAUCAUCAUCAUCAUCAUCAUCAUCAUCAUCAUCAUCAUCAUCAUCAUCUUUUGAUUGA